AUGUCCAAAAUUGUUCCUUUGAUAAAUUCGAUAUCAAAGAGAUGUAUUUCUCUCUCCGCCCCAAGGGAAGGAAAGAGAAAUUUUAGGAAAUUUCUUACUCCCAACAAAAGAGGCUCCAAAUUCCACAAAUUGCGACAAAUGGGGCCAAAUCGCGAGCUACCGAUAGACAAACGAGGUGUACGUGAUACAGGAUAUGAAUUAAAUGGAAAAUUUGUACCUGUACCAGAAAUGAUUCCUGAACUAAUUGUACCCGACCUAAAAGAUUGCACUUUUAAACCAUAUGUCUCAUAUAAAACUGAAGAUGUUAUCCAAAGUGAAUUUACAUCUCAACAACUAUUUGAUGCAGUGUAUAGUAAAAAGAUUGUUAUGGACUUUAAGCAAGGUAAACUGGAUGAAAACGACCAACCCAUUGAACCAUCGGAGGAAGAGAAAUUACAGCCUGAUGAAGCUGUUGUCAGAGCAAAGAGAACUGGUUCUGAUAUAUUUUAG